UAAAGAAAGACAACAAACGAAGACACAGAAGUGCCUCUACAUACAUACAUAUUUCAUUUCAUAACGUUGCGUUAUCUGCAUCUCGUGUUGUUUGGUCUUGCGAGAGUUAGUUGGUUUUCUUUGCUGGAGAUGAAUUGACUGGUGGAAUUUUGUCGCAUUUUAUACAUUUCUGUGGAUAGGAUGCGUUAUGUAAAUUUUCAUAAUAGUCGUCGUCAGUGAAUAGUGAAUAGGUUGUAGAUAUUGUGAUUGAGAGUAUAACAGCAGGUUUUAUAGUAGUUUACUCGGUGCAGGUUUUGGUGAACAUCACUCCACAUUUCCCAGUAGGCUUAUGAAUUGCUGGAAAUAAGUUUGCGAUCGGUGGUUGUAGUCAAGUGUUAAACGUGACGUUUAGCAUAUUAAUCUCGUGGAUUGGAUUUGAGAAAAAAACACGCAACACAGCUACACGACGGAACACCAAUCAAUACUUAUUGUGGAGCAGUCCUCCUCUUCCGUGGGGACGAUGGGGGUUGAAACGGCCAAUAUUGUGCUGGUGGUUAUCAUUGUAAUUAUUUUUUUCAUGCUCCUCAGUGCUUGCUGUCGCCAACUAAGAAAUGCAUACGAGGACGAGCUGACAAUUGAAGAGAUGAACAGAAGGAGACAAACUUUCAUGUUUGGUGAUGAUGCUUCCCAUCUUGGAGAUGAAGAAUCAUCACAUUCUGUCAGAGUUACGGCAAUAUCGGCUGGCGGAGGUGACCGAGUUUUUGGCGUGUACGAAAUUCGGAUGCCUCGCAGGGGAUUUUUUUCCCGAGCGGUCGCACCACCACCCCCAUUUGCACAAGCACUUCAAAACUCGUCCCCAAUUUUUUACAUCGACCCAGAAGAGCCACCCCCGUCGUAUGAUGAAUACUUGAAAAACGUUGACGAGACUGAGUCGACAGCGCAAAAUGCUAACAGUGUCUACGCCAUCAAUAAGUUUUAAGACGGAAUACGCCAAACUGCAAGUGCAACUGUGGUGCUGACAUGAAUUACUUUUAGAUCUCAUUAUCUUAAGCAGAAAUGUGUUAAAGUUUUAUCGGAUGUUUUUAUCAACAUUUUCAAUAGUCGUGUGUACGUGAGAUGCCAUUUUGACAUUACGAAGUGUUGGACCUGGUCAGUUAUACAAUAUACAGGAUGGAAUGUGAAUCUUACGUAAAUAUUUUCUGUAGUUAAUACAUGACGGAGAAGCCUGACCAUUUUUUACUUGCUUGCAAGCUGGUUUCUUAUUUAACCGGUUAAUAUAUGUAGUACAAUGAAUAUGAAUGUCUGUAUGCAAUACUUUGACAAACAAUGUGUAGCACAUUGUACGAAAAAGACAAAUCUCUGGAAAAAUAAUCUGAUGAUCUGUUUUCAUGACUUCUAUUUUAUAAAUUUAUGACAUUCUGGUGAACAGGAAUUACAUAGAUAUGUAAUUAUACAGAUAAGGUUAAUCCCGAGUACUUUAAUAUUUUUAUACCAGUGAAAUACUUAUAUAAUAUACCUCUCAAAUAUUUUUAACUUUUGCUAUACUUAAUUUUAACAAAAGAGAAUAAGAGAAUCGAUAUAAAUCCAUAAAUAAUGUCAAAGCCACACACAGAACAAUGUUGUUGCGAAAUCACUUAUUAAAUAUUUCCACAUGAUGAUGAUAAAAUUAAUCACAUAUCAGUUUGUUCGGUAAACGCACAAAAUUGCGUAUGAAUUAUUUUAGGUGGUUGCUCCAGUGUGGGUUUUUAUUUUAUCGAAUGUCGAGUCGCAUUUUAUUAUUAUUGUCAACGUCAACAAACCACUUGGACAAGUGGUUGACAUUUCAUUGGAUAUUUUAUUAUAAAUCAAAUCAUUAAAUAUUAUGCUGCUUUUGGCAAACGUACGAGUGUUUAACAAAGGAUAACACUAGUACUGAAAGGUGACGAGGAAUACAUAGGAUCGAACUCUCUGGACAUGCAUAGUUAGUUAGUUAUACGCUUCUUUACGUAAGAGCUGCUACGUGCAAAAGAUAAGGACUAAUCUUCCCUCUCGCUGAUCCUUAUUAAGCUCGUUGCGAUAUCACACUUGGCCAUUGUAUGCUUAACCUUCGCCGAGAGCACACGUCUAAAACUGUUAUAUUUGGUAGAAUUACACACUACAUAUAAGGUGUCAAACUGCAAUUUGUUAGCCAAAAUUAGCAACUGUCCAGUCCCAUUACCACUGCCAUAUUGGCUCGUUAUAUGAGACAACUUCUUCUAAUUAUAACCAACACAAAUCUAAACAAAACACGUAUAGCGUUCAUCAACUGAAUGUAAUGCUAAAAAUGGUCGAAACACUCAUUCUUGUAAUAGCUGCAGUUAUUUGCGCUGUAAUUGUAAGCAAAGCAAUAAUACUUUCAGAAUAAAAUAAAUAAAUGGGUGAAAUGCACUUGAAGGGGAAUUGUAAUGUUAUUUUUUAAUUUGAGAUAUAUGUAUCCUUGUUAUUUUUAAAUAUGAAAUAAGGCAUGGAAUGUUAUACAUAUGUCGUAUGGAUGAAUUAAAUAGCACUUGUUAUCUAUCUGUGAAUACUUUACAUUUUCUGCUGACUAGUGCAUUUCCCUAAAUAAAGAUAACGAAAUAAAUGAAUAUUUAGCAAGUAAUUACUUUGACGAGUCAACUUAUCGAUUUUUCAGGUUGUUCUCAUCUGGUAUCUUCGCUUCCGAACGAACAAAUCUGUUGCGGAGAGGGUUCGUCGAUCGCCACAAGAAUACUUGGGUCGCGUCGCUGCCGGCGUGUAUUCCGUCCAUUUGCCAAAUAGUAAUCAAAUCUAUGUCGGAUAUGCAACUCCACCGCCCACUUUUAGUCGCGCAGUCAAAUUCCCGAUGCCCCCACCAAGAUCGGCGUCACCAUCACCUUCCAUCGUCGUCCUGGACAUCAUCCCCCCACCACCAACUUAUGCCCAAGCCAUCAUUUUUGCACAGGAGAGGGGACCAAAGAGCGGUUCCGGAAGUAAAUUUAGGCCAACAACGAUGGAAAAGGGAGAUUGUUUGAGUGGAGGAAAUUACAUUUAGACUUGAAAUUGGAGGUCAAUAUAUCUGUGUAUUUUUGUUACGUAAGAAAGAGUUGCAUAAGUAACGGGAAAAGAUCUGAGCAUGGAAAGAAAUUAUGGAACUCUGGUGUAAAUCUCACUCUGUUUUAAGUCAAAUUUCAUAUUCCUCUGUGAUAGAUUACUAAACUUUGUAUUAUUUUUCGCCAAUAAAAUGUUGAACUUAAUUAUAAAUUC